CUCCUCCCUCCCUUUUCCUGUUCCGGAGCCGGUGUCUGCCUGGCUGGUGCCCGGCCUGCGCCGCGGGUGUCUCGCUCCACGGGCUACGAGGGGGGGCUCGUUCAGGUGAAAGAUGUCUUUCCAUUCUGGACGAGGAUGCCCACGGGGUCGAGGAGGACCUGGAGUAAGAACGUCCACACAAACCUUCAGAUCUCAGAACCUGAGACAGCUUCACCCUCAACAGCCUUCAGUGCAGUACCAAUAUGACCAGCAGGUAGCUCCUCCGACUACCUACUCAAGCCCUCCAGCCACAGGAUAUGUGCCUCCCAGACCUGAUUUUAUACCGUAUCCGUCUCUGGUACCCCCUUCAGCACAGAGUCCAAUCAGCCAGUGUCCCAUGAGGCCGCCUUUUCCAAACCAUCAAGUAAGGCAGAGUUUUCCAGUCCCUCCUUGUUUCCCUCCUGCUCCUCCACCAGUCCCAAAUCCCAGUAAUUCCGCAGUACCAGGGGCCCCAUCUGGACAAAACACUUUUCCCUACAUGAUGCCACCUCCUUCAAUGCCUCAUCCUCCACCACCACCAGUGAUGCCGCAGCAAGUUAAUUAUCAACCUGUCUACUCUACAGGCUAUUCGCAGCAGGCUUUCCCACCUCCUAAUUUUAAUAGUUAUCAACAUAAUUCAAACUCCUUUCAGAGCAGCAACAGUAAUAGCAGCAGUAGCAGUAGCAGUCAUUUCCGGCACACAAGCCAAUAUCAGGUAGAAAAGACCCAAAGUGAACGAAGGUCUCCAGAGAGGAGUAAGCACUACGACGAGCAUCGGCACCGUGAUCAUAGUCACGUACAUGGAGACAGACAUCGGCUCAGUAACCAUGGAGAUCGGCGGGAUAGAGGAAGGAGCCCUGACAGGAGAAGGCAAGAAAGCAGUCGGCACAGGUCAGAUUAUGACAGAGGAAGGACGCCGCCUCGCCACAGAAGUUAUGAACGAAGCAGGGAACGGGAGAGGGAAAGACAUAGGCAUCGUGAUAGCCGAGGAUCACCAUCUUCAGAGAGGUCCUACAAAAAAGAUUACAAAAGGACCGGGAGCCGAUCCCCCAGCCGAGAGAGAAAGAGACCUCGAUGGGAGGAGGAGAGAGAGAGAUGGUCAGAGAAUCAGAGUGCCAGUAAAGAGAAGAGUUAUACCUCUAUUAAAGACAAAGAGCCAGAGGAGAUCAUUUCAGAAAAAAAUGAAGAGGAAGAGGAAGAAUUGCUCAAGCCUGUGUGGGUUCGUUGUACCCAUUCAGAAAGCUACUAUUCAAAUGACCCUAUGGAUCAAGUGGGGGACUCCACGGUGGUUGGAACAAGUCGGCUCCGAGAUUUGUAUGAAAGGUUUGAGGAGGAGUUAGGAAAGCGACAAGCAAAAGCCAAAGCAGCCCGGCCACCAUGGGAGCCACCAAAGACCAAACUCGAUGAGGACUUAGGUAAAUGCCACGUUGGCGAAGACCUGAAACCGAAGAGCUCCAGUGAGUCUGACUGUGACUCGGAUGACAAUAGCAGCUGUUCUAGCAGUUCAGAUUCUGAAGUGUUUGAUGUUAUUGCGGAAAUUAAGCGUAAAAAAGCUCACCCUGAUCGUCUGCAUGAGGAGCUCUGGUACAAUGACCCCGGACAGAUGAAUGAUGGACCACUGUGCAAAUGCAGUGCUAAAGCCAGACGAACAGGAAUAAGACACAGCAUUUAUCCUGGUGAAGAGCCUAUUAAGCCAUGUCGCCCCAUGACCAACAAUGCUGGAAGACUGUACCACUAUCGAAUUACAGUGUCACCUCCCACAAACUUCUUGACAGACAGGCCAACAGUUAUAGAAUAUGAUGACCAUGAAUAUAUCUUUGAAGGGUUUUCUAUGUUUGCACAUGCCCCUUUGACAAAUAUUCCUCUGUGUAAAGUAAUCAGAUUUAACAUUGACUAUACAAUUCAUUUCAUUGAAGAGAUGAUGCCUGAGAAUUUUUGUGUGAGAGGGCUUGAAUUAUUCUCUUUGUAUCUAUUCAGAGAUAUUUUGGAACUCUAUGACUGGAAUCUUAUAGGUCCUUCAUUUGAAAACAAUUCUUGUUGUCCAAGAUUUCAUUUCAUGCCACGGUUUGUGAGGUUUCUUCCGGAUGGAGGGAAAGAAGUGCUGUCAAUGCAUCAGAUCCUACUCUACUUGUUACGAUGCAACAAACCUUUAGUCCCAGAGGAGGAGAUUGCCAAUAUGCUUCAGUGGGAAGAGCUGGAAUGGCAGAAAUAUGCAGAAGAAUGCAAAGGAAUGAUCGUUACCAGUCCUGGCAUGAAACCCAGUUCAGUUCGUAUUGAUCAAUUGGACCGUGAGCAGUUCAACCCUGAUGUAAUUACUUUUCCCAUUAUUGUUCACUUUGGGAUACGGCCUGCUCAACUCAGUUAUGCUGGAGAUCCUCAGUACCAAAAGCUAUGGAAGAGCUAUGUGAAGCUGCGCCAUCUGCUGGCUAACAGUCCAAAAGUCAAACAGGCUGAUAAACAGAAGUUAUCUCAGAGAGAGGAAGCGCUACAGAAAAUCAGGCAGAAAAACACAAUGAGACGAGAAGUGACAGUGGAGUUAAGCAGCCAAGGAUUCUGGAAAACUGGUAUUCGUUCUGAUGUCUGCCAGCAUGCAAUGAUGCUUCCUGUUCUCACCCACCAUAUUCGCUACCAUCAAUGUCUGAUGCAUUUGGACAAAUUGAUAGGCUACACCUUUCAAGAUCGAUGCUUGCUACAGCUUGCCAUGACUCAUCCAAGCCAUCACCUAAACUUCGGAAUGAAUCCAGACCACGCAAGAAAUUCCUUGUCCAACUGUGGGAUUCGACAGCCCAAGUAUGGAGACCGAAAAGUCCACCACAUGCACAUGAGGAAAAAAGGAAUAAACACCUUGAUAAACAUUAUGUCCCGCCUUGGGCAAGAUGAUCCGACUCCUUCCCGGAUUAACCACAAUGAACGUUUAGAAUUUUUGGGAGAUGCUGUGGUGGAAUUUUUAACUAGUGUCCAUUUGUACUACCUGUUUCCAAGCCUAGAGGAAGGGGGGUUAGCUACAUAUCGCACUGCCAUUGUUCAGAACCAACAUCUUGCUAUGUUGGCCAAGAAGCUGGAACUGGAUCGGUUUAUGCUUUAUGCUCAUGGACCUGACCUUUGUAGGGAAUCAGAUCUACGUCAUGCGAUGGCCAACUGUUUUGAAGCUUUAAUAGGAGCUGUUUACCUGGAGGGAAGCCUAGAGGAAGCCAAACACUUAUUUGGACGUUUGCUCUUUAAUGACAUGGACCUACAGGAAGUAUGGCUUAAUUACCCACUACACCCACUCCAACUGCAAGAAUCAAACACUGAUCGGCAACUUAUUGAGACUUCCCCAGUUCUCCAGAAACUUACAGAGUUUGAGGAAGCAAUUGGAGUAAUUUUUACUCAUGUUCGGCUUCUGGCACGAGCCUUCACUUUGAGAACUGUGGGAUUUAACCACCUGACUCUAGGCCACAAUCAGAGGAUGGAAUUCCUGGGUGACUCCAUAAUGCAGUUGGUAGCCACUGAAUACUUAUUCAUACAUUUCCCUGAUCAUCACGAAGGGCACUUAACGUUGUUGCGAAGCUCAUUGGUGAACAACAGGACACAGGCCAAAGUAGCAGAAGAACUGGGUAUGCAGGAAUUUGCCAUCACUAAUGACAAGACCAAGAGACCCGUGGCUCUUCGGACUAAGACUUUGGCUGAUCUCUUGGAGUGAUCCUGUUGGAUUUGUGGUAAGAAAGGAAUUGGAGAGGUGUUGACCCACACUGCCUAUUAUACCCUUGCUAGGGUGCACUGCUUUGAAGAAUUUCCAGACUCAGGCUUACGGCAUGUAUGCAUACCACUUGUAGAUUACAGAUAGGGACCACGCAUCUUGAAGAACCUCCAGCUACAGUAAGUAAUCGCCAUUUUCAAGGGCCAGAUAUUCAAAUACUAGCCUCCCUUUUUGCAUCCCCUACAAGAAGACACGAAGAUGAUUUAGAUGCCUAAGUAUCCAAUUUGCAGGAGCAAUCAAGUACUUAUUUGUUCACAUGACCUAAGUUGUAUCCCUCAAAGAACUGCAGGUGCAAAAUUGUGGGCUCAGAAAUGGGAGGUUAGUAUAGGUGAUAUCAAAAAUUUGUCCCUAAGAGUAAAAAUUGAUUGGCAUUUGAGUCAGGAGGACAGGAGUUCUGACAGAUCAGAGGUAGUGACUCUGACAUGCUCUCAUUAUUAGCAAAAGAGAGGAAAAAGUGAUCCAGAAUGUAGGGGUACUCUGUGCUUCACUGAAUUUCAAUAGGAGGUUUCAAAAUAGCAUUUCCACAAAGAGUAUAGAGACACACAGAGCAAGCCCCUCAAUCCAUUUAUGAAAGUGUUUGCGGUUCUCCUUCCAAGGCAGGUGAAAUGGUAAUAAAUACUGUUCCAGGAAAGUUAAUCUGUAUCCAGUGCAUUUUAAUACAUUGUGUGAGAAGCUAAGAUCUGAUGGCUCUUGCCAAAUCCUUUUAGUAAAUAGAAACUAUUCACAAACAGUGAUUUAUACCUAAGCAUUUAUAGUGUGCGCAAUAGUGAUUUACUUCUAAGUCCUGGUCUGCUGGUUAAAUCACAGGACUAGGAGCCAGAUUCUGUUCCUGGCUCUAUAAAUGACUGUGUGUGUGAACGUGGGCAAGUUGCUUAACCUCUUGAUGACUCAGUUUCCUCCCCUGUAAAGCAGUGGUAACAAUAAUUCCCACAUCACAGCAGUGUUGUGAAGCUUAGUUUGUUGAUGAUUUUAAAGUGCUUUAAAUUACUCUUAUAGUGCUAUAAGAGUGCAAAGCACUACACUCCUCUUGCGUGGGUAGUA